AUAUACAUAUUUGAGAAUGAGUUUUCAACUUUAUCCUAAGCCUUUCUAAUUUUGUAAAUUAUUGAAAUAUUUUUAGAUUACUAUCUACCUUACAUUCAAUAACUUGGAGUUCCUAUGAUGAAUCCUUAUAAUUUCAAUAAUUAUCCUUAAUAAAUGAACUCAUUUUAUUAUUAGCCAACAAUUGGAAAUUCAUCACAGAAUUGUAUUGUCAUAGAAGAUGAUAAUGUAAGUUAUAUAUUAUUACAUCUUAGAUUUAACAUCCACUGAACCAAAAUCAAUCAUAAAUUAUUUAAACAUAAAGUAAUAGGGAAUAGAAUACUCAAUAAGAAUAAUAGAUGAUUAUAGAAUAACCAAUAAAGUAGUAAAUAUAAUAAAGUGACUAAUUAAAUGAAAAUGAACCACACAUUCGCAUAAGUGUCUUCAAACAACAUUCAAGUCAAAUAGAUACUGAAUAUAUUCUUUAAUAUGAUAGGUAUUUUUAAUUUUAAUUAGAAUCCUUGGUAAUGAAUACAAAAAGGAAAUAACAAUAGGUAGAAAAAAACAAUAAGAUGAAUAAUCAGAAAAUUGUGAUAUAUGUAAUAAUUAUUUUAUUAUAUUCCAAGAUUUACCACAUGGAGAUAAAAACGUUGAAAAACUUCAUUGUAAAUUAUUGACUGAAAAAGGAUUUUCUUAUUCAAAUCUUCUAACAAAAUCCGUUCUUUUAUUCUUUUCUUUAUUUAAAUCAAAAAAAUAUGCAAUUAAGUUACCCUUUUCGGUUAAAAAACAUAUAUUUUCAUUUAUUAAGUAUUGAUAUUAUUAUAUAUCUUAGAGAAAAGCCUUAAUUUUAUAUAACUGAUAAUGCAACAAAGGCAGGAACUUUUAUAAAAAUAAAAAAAGACAAUUCAAAGUUAAUGUAAUUGCAUAAUACAUAUUUAAUUGGAGCUGAUACAUAUUUCCAUGUUAUGGAAAUAAAAACAAAACCUACAUAAACAAAAAUAAAAAGAAUAAAAGAUUAGAAUAGUUUUUAUUAUACCCUUGCAAAAGAACAUAUAAUAAAAGGUACUAAAAUUCAUGGUCUUUCUUCAGAAGAAAGUGAAUUGUUUAAUAAUUAAGUAAAUGAAUUUAGAACAAUUGAUUUAAGACGAAAAGUUUCUCAUAAACUAAAUUAAUAUGAUAGACCCUUUUUAAAAUUUGCAUUUAAUAGUCCUUCUAUUAAUUAAAUUUAAUCACAUAUAUUCAUUGCUAAUUAUAAUUAAGAAUUUGUAUUUAAAAUUGGAAGAUCAUAAGAAUGUGAUGUCCUAGUUAAUAUUAAUACUGUCUCAAGAAGAUAGGCAUAAAUAGUGUAUAAAAAUAAUGAGUAAAAUAUAUUGUUAAAUUAGAUGGUUUAUUCAUGAUGGAGGAGGUGUAAGAGAAUCAGCAAAUGGAACUUGGUAGUCACUUUAAAAUUAUUCAUUAAGAAACAAUGAAAAAAAGGUAUAAAGCAAACCUAGAUUAAUUGAAGAUUAAAUGGAGAUUAAAAUUAGUGAGAAUGUUAUCAAAUUUGAUUUUGUAAACUUUGGUAUAACUAAAAAGUAAAUAAUAUAUAUAUUUUAGACGAAAACUUAAUUAAGCCUUAUUUCAAGAUUUACUUUAGUCCCUCUGA